AUGGGAACAGAAAGCACGGAAGUGGAGAGAGACCGGAGAGCCAAACGAGGUGCAACAGGAUCAGGCGAGAGAAUGGUCAGAGAGGUCCAGGUCGAGGCAGGCAGAACAGGUUCAGAAGCAAAGAUCAGCUACGGAGCCACGGAUGUCACUUUCACUGACAGAAGGAGGUUCCCAUACGUCUACCGAACGGUCCCUAAUGUAGGAUAUUUCCAUCAAGCUCUCAUUCAGCUGCUGAAGCACUUUGGUUGGACCUGGGUGGGAAUCAUGAUAGCAGAUAAUGAAGCAGAUUAUGUAAAGAGACAACUAAUAGAGCUGAUUACAAGCAAUGGGAUGUGUGUGGAAUUUGCUUAUGAAUACUUAUGGGAUCGCAGGUUCGACGACAGAAUGGCUGAAAGGAUUUUAAAAACAACUUCCAGAGUUGUCAUAAUCAGUGAUUCCACCAGUAUGCUUUGGCAAAUAUUGAGAUACGUUAAGAUUGAGUCUAGCUUUAAAAGAACUUGGAUUUUGUCAGUCUCAUCUUCAUUUACGGAUUAUAUUCUCCAAUAUGAGAUUGCAGAGUUCUUUGCUGGAAGUUUGGCUUUUCCCGUAGCUGCUAGAGAAAUGGAUGGAUUUCAGGAUUUUUUAUUCUCUGCAAACCCUGAUCGGUAUCCAGAAGAUAUAUUCAUUCAAGAAGCAUGGCUGGGGUUUGUAAGCGACCUAUCUACUGAAAUGGCCAACAGUGAAACGUAUGUGAGUAAUAUAACCGGCAGUGAAGACUUUCUAAAUGCUUCCCCUCUUGGAAAUGAGACCCUUGCAUCAAUCCCUCACUAUAGACAGCUGGAUCUCAGAGUGCCCUACAGUGUGUACAAGGCUGUGUAUUUGUUGGCCCAGGCUCUACAUGUAUUGCUCUCAGAGAAGACUUCUCAUGGGGCUCCUACAGAGAAAGCCCGACUGGAGAGGGAACUGAACCCAUGGAAGCUGAAUCACUUGCUGAGAAAGGUUCAUGUUACACUUUCUUCAUCCCAAGAAGAGAUUUAUAUUAACAAGGAGGGAGAAGCUCCGGGACAAUAUGAUCUCACAAACUGGGUCAUGUUCCCUGAUCGCAGAACCAACGAACUGAAUGUGAUCACAGUGGGAAGGUACAACACGUCGAACCCCAAUCAGCUGAUUUGCAAUGACAGAGCCAUUGUUUGGUACCCGAAUGAUACAGAGAUCCCAAUCUCCGUGUGCAGUGACAGCUGUAUCCCAGGGUACCGGAAAAAUUCCCGGGAAGUAGAGUUUUCCUGCUGUUAUGACUGUGUGCCCUGCGAGGAGGGACACAUCUCCAACACAACAGAUAUGGAAACGUGUAUCCAAUGCCCAGAAGAUCAGUGGCCCAAUGACAAUAGAACUAUUUGCAUCCAGAAAAUAACAGAAUUCCUUUCAUAUGAGGAUCCCUUGGGACAGUCUCUGGCUGCAGUCUCGGUUCUCUCCUCUCUUACUGUCAUUUUAGUUUUUCUGAUUUUCAUCAAAUAUCACAAAACUCCUGUGGUCAAGGCCAAUAACCAAACCCUGAGCUACUCCCUCCUCCUCUCCCUCACACUGUCCUUCCUCUGCUGCUUCUUGUUCAUUGGGCGCCCUCAGAAAGUGACCUGCCUGCUCAGACAAGUUACAUUUGGGAUCAACUUUACACUUUCGGUCUCUUGUGUCCUGGCUAAAACUGUCACAGUUGCCAUUGCCUUUAAUGCCACAAAGCCGGGAAGCAAGAUAAAGAAAUGGGUGGGAACAAGAGUGUCCCUCUGCCUGGUCCUUCUCUGCUCUCUGCUCCAGGUUGGGAUAUGCCUGGUCUGGCUGAUCUCCUCCCCACCAUUCCCAGACUAUGACACUCACACUUACACUGGGAAGAUGAUAUUACAAUGUAAUGAAGGCUCUGUCUCUGCAUUCUACACUGUGAUUGGUUACAUGGGGUUCCUGUCGGGAUUAAGUUUCAUUGUUGCUUUCCUGGUUAGGCAGUUACCAGCCAGUUUCAAUGAGGCCCAGCUGAUCACUUUCAGCAUGCUGGUGUUCUGCAGUGUUUGGGUGUCCUUCAUCCCAGCGUACCUGAGCACCAAGGGCAAAUACAUGGUGGCUGUGGAGAUCUUCGCUAUCCUGGCUUCCAGUGCAGGGCUGCUGGGCUGUAUCUUCAUUCCCAAGUGCUACAUUAUCCUCUUCCGCCCUGAGCAGAACACCCGCCGGGGCCUUACUGGGAAACACUUACAGUGAAUUAUUGCUAACCCUCAGGAUUCUCAGUAACAUAUUCAUGAUUAUUUUUAUUUAUAUACGUUCAUCUUUUUGGUCUUUAUUCCUUUCCUCCCUUCCCUUCAAUUCUUCUAUAUUCUGAACAUUAUCAUGUCCCACCCUGAGCAGAACACCAGGAGGAGACACCUCACUAGGAAACACCUACAAUGGUUUAUUGCUAACCAUGCCCUAAUUAUUAUAAUUAUUAUUAGGUUCCAUCAAGUCAGUUUUCUCCAGAAUAAUUUUGUCUUCUGU